UGUACCAGUUGAGUUGUGUAAAUUAAUAAUUAAGGUUUCUAAAGUUGUCCUUGAGUUUUGUACAUUACCAGUUGAGUUGCGUAAAGUAAUAAUUAAGGUAUCUAAACUUAUUUUUGAGUUUUGUAAAGUACUAGUUGAGUUGUGUAAAGUAAUCCUUAAGGUCUCUAAAGUUUUAUAAAAUACUACUUAAAAUUUUAAAGGUUGUUUUGAGUUUUGUAAAAUAUUAUGCGGUUUUACAGAGUAACACUUUUCAAAAUUGUUUCUGAGUUUUGUAAAACUUGGGUUUUUAUAAAGUACCAAUUAAUUUUAUUAUAGUUAUCUGUAUGUUUUAUAAAGAACAACUUAAGGUUUCAGAUAACUUUUAUAAAAUGAAUUGAUACUUUGAAAUGCCUCUUGGGUUUAACAAAGUACCACCGAAGGUCUCUAUCACUGUUCUUGAUUUUUUAAAGUACCACUUCAGUUUUAUAAAGUACCACUUAAGAUUUCUAAAGUUGUUCUUGAGUUUUGUAAAACACCACUUGAGUGGUGGUUCUUGAGACGAAGCGUGCACACACUCGCUCACACUUCAGCUGUCAGUCACAGAUGAUUGACAGCUGGAGCUUUGGGACGGCACUAAUCCCUGAAUGGAGUGUGUUCCUCCUGCUCGGGUCUAAUGAAUAAUGCUUCUUGUCUUCACACACACUUUCUAUUUGCUGGCACACACACUCCCAGCUCCUGACCCCACACACACACACUGACCGGUUCUGAUUUAUAUCAUCACUGUCUCUCUUUCUAAGAGUGUUAACCUCUUUGUGACACAAUUGUUGUGUGAUUACCACUCACUCACUCAGACACACAGAAACACACACACACACACACACACACACACACACACACACACACACACUUCAGCACACACUACUUAAAGGCUGCAGAAGUCAUUUAGAUGGAUUUUGGUGGAGAAGAAGUUCAGCAGACGGUCAGGACCAUCAUGAAGAGUCAGUCAGAGAAGAAUCCUCAGCGCAGGCUGUCGAAGCCAUUGCUGGAGCGACGAAGGCGUGCCCGUAUUAAUGCCUGCCUCGGAGAGCUCCGAUCACUCCUGCUUCAGUCACACGCUACACAGGGCUGCCAUCCUUCUAAACUUGAGAAGGCCGAUAUCCUGGAGCUGACCGUCCGCCAUCUACGAUCCCUGCAGCACACACACUCAGGUGGAAAUGGUGUGUUCAGCGUGGGAUACAGUGCGUGUGUCUGUGAAAUAAGGCGUUUCCUCUGCGCUGCUCCACAGACUGUGAACAGGCCAGAUGCUGGUGGUGCUCUGCUGCAGGGCAUCAGUGUGUGUCCGGCACAGACCACUCAGAAACCAUCACUGUCCCAGCACACACACCACACACACCAACACCUUCACCUGUCUACCCACCAGGAGAAGACAUCCAGCAGCAGCUCCGGCACAUACUCCUCCGUGUGGAGACCCUGGUGAUGAAGUGGAUUGUUGAGUUUGUUUCUGUGUGAUGAUGCACUUAUGACCAUUGUAAAUAUAAAUAAGACUUGUAAUAAACGAUAAAUGGGAA